ACCAUCAACCUUCUUCUUCACUCCCAUCAAAGCAAAACUAUCUCUCUCCUUCACAUUCCAUUUUUCUCACUCUCCAAAAAGAAAGCUCUGCACUUUCUCAAAGAGAAUGUUCAUGGGAAAGAUGGGUCUUUUGGGAAUCUUGGUGUUGUGUUUUGCUGCAAUGGUGUGCUCUGUUCAUGGCUAUGACGCUGGAUGGGUCAAUGCUCAUGCCACCUUCUAUGGUGGAAGUGAUGCUUCAGGAACAAUGGGUGGAGCUUGUGGGUACGGGAAUCUCUACAGUCAAGGAUACGGAACAAACACUGCAGCGUUAAGCACUGCUCUGUUCAACAACGGGCUCAGCUGCGGCGCGUGUUUCGAGAUCAAGUGCCAGAGCGACGGCGCGUGGUGUUUACCUGGCGCUAUCGUAGUCACAGCCACCAAUUUCUGUCCUCCCAACAACGCACUUCCAAAUAACGCUGGUGGUUGGUGUAACCCUCCGCUUCACCAUUUCGAUCUCUCUCAGCCUAUCUUCCAACGCAUUGCUCAUUACAAAGCUGGUGUUGUCCCUGUUUCUUACAGAAGGGUUCCGUGCAAGAGAAGGGGAGGGAUAAGGUUUACAAUCAAUGGCCACUCUUACUUCAACCUUGUGUUGGUGACCAAUGUUGGUGGUGCUGGAGAUGUUCACUCGGUUGCGGUUAAAGGUUCAAGAACAAGGUGGCAGCAAAUGUCAAGAAACUGGGGACAGAACUGGCAAAGCAACAACCUACUAAACGGUCAAGCAUUGUCCUUCAAGGUUGUUGCUAGUGAUGGUCGAACUGUAGUCUCUAACAACAUUGCUCCAGCUAGUUGGUCAUUCGGACAAACCUUCACAGGCCGUCAAUUCCGUUAAAAUUGGUGUUUAAGUUCGGUCUUUACAUAGUUUAGGGUUUGUGUAGUGAGGAACGAGGAGAGGGUUUAAGGCUUUUUAGGGUUUUAAGUGGAGAGCCUUAAAAAACUCUUGAGGUUGUAAAAUGGAGAAAAUAGCUUAUUUUGAAAGGGCUCUUUUAGUCAUUUUAAGGAUUAGGGUUUUAGUAAAGUGGGUAUUGGGUAGUAGAGUGGUGUUUGUCUAAAGGGAUCUCUAUGUUUCACCAAUGGGUUCCUUUUGUUUUAUCACUUUUUUUUUUUUUUGCCUUUUUCUGUCUUGUGGUUUAAAAAGCAGAAGUGGGUAGGGGCAGAGGAGAAAUUCACCUCCCGCCUUGUGUUCUUGUUGGGUCGUUUUUGUUUGUUUACGAUAUGAAGUUGUAAUGUAAGGGUUGUUUAAGAUCCAACUUACCUAAUGUGUUUUUGUUCCGUGUGA